AUGCGCUUCCAAGAUUAUCACCACUCUUGUCUUUCUCUUCAACUCUUAGUAAUCUGCGGGCUCAAGUUGGCUGUUAUCGGUCGGCCUACUUUCACGAAUGAUAUACACCUGAUCCCAGAGCAACACACAAUCACAGACGUUCCCAAAGCCGGAGUUCUACACAAAAAGAUGAAUUCGGUCUUGGAAAAAGUGAGUCCUACUUCGAAAAAAUCGAUCCCCACUCCGGGCCGACCAGGAUUUCAAAGGGCGCUUGACGGAGCGGAUUUGAUCGAACAUCUUUACAAAGUGGUAGCCACGGAAUUGCUCAAAAAUGAAAUGAAGCCACUACCAGCUGAUGACGGCGAAAUUGUGAAUGUUCCGAAUCAAUUCAUCAACACUGCCGACGCGCUCUUACUACAAGGUUACUCACUACCCCAGAAUACGAUUGACGAGCUCGAAAAGCUUCAUGGCACAGUCCACGAGCUCCUCAGCGAUGCAGAUUUAGCAGCCGCGGAUUCGCUCCCUGCAGGGAAGAUCGAAAUAAUGAUGAGCCGGUUCCGCGAGAAGAUCAGGCCGCAGCUGAUGAGGUAUUUCUCGGAAAACAAAGAUCCAUCGAACGACUUGCAUGUUCAAAUUCAACAGGCAUUGGAACAACGAGACCCCCGUGAAGAAACACCCAAUCUCCGCAAGAAGCUUAACAGAUCGGAGGCGUUGACCCGAAAGAAAGUUAAUAAACGAGAAGGGAAGGAGAAAAGAACUGAGGAGUGCGAAUGUGAAGAGUAA